UGCGCAGGGCGAAUCAUCUUCGUUACUAAAAGAGAGAGAGAGAGAGAGAGGGAGACAUAUUAUAUGCUGUAGUCUACAGUAGCCAAAUUACACCCGGAAAGUCUCACCACCAAGGCCAUGGAGUCGAGUUGGAUCGCCGUGGUCUGUGUGCUCCUACUCGGUUUGAUGCAGAGCAGCCUCGGAGCGGAGCAGCGGGUCAUCCCUCCAGAGAAUCUCAUGGUAAUAACAGUAGCUACAGAGGACACUGAUGGCUUCACCCGCUUUAUGAGAACCAGCAAAGAGUUCAACUAUACUGUUAAGGUGCUGGGUCUAGGUGAACAGUGGAAGGGAGGAGACGUUGCUCGUACUGUAGGAGGAGGUCAGAAAGUUCGCUGGCUGAAGACAGAACUCCUCAAACACUCUGCCAAGAAGGACAUGGUCAUUAUGUUUGUGGACAGUUAUGAUGUAAUCCUAGCCAGUGGUCCAGAAGAGUUGCUGUGGAAGUUUUCCAGACUGGGUCAUCGGCUGGUGUUCUCUGCCGAGGGCUUCUGUUGGCCUGACCAGAAACUAGCCCCCAAAUACCCCCCUGUCCACACCGGGAAGAGAUACCUCAACUCUGGAGGGUUUAUAGGGUAUGCUCCAGAGCUCAGUGAGAUUGUUCAACAGUGGAAACAUAAAGACAACGAUGAUGACCAACUCUUCUACACUAAGAUCUACCUGGACAAAGUACAACGGACCAAGUACAACAUGACUCUGGACCAUCGCUCUAGAAUCUUCCAGAACCUCAACGGAGCCAUCGAGGAGGUGGUGCUGAAGUUUGAGAAGGCUCGUGUCCGUGCGAGGAACGUGGCCUAUGACACACUUCCUGUUAUUAUCCAUGGCAACGGACCCACCAAGCUCCAGUUGAACUACCUGGGUAACUAUGUCCCGACUGCCUGGACUCACGAGACCGGCUGUGGGAUCUGUGACGACGACCUGAUAUACCUCACCGACACGCCUGAUGAAGACAUGCCCCUGGUGUAUGUGUCUGUGUUCAUCGUUCAGCCGACUCCCUUCCUGGAAGAGUUUCUGGAGAGACUGACCACCCUCAACUACCCAACCAGCCGCAUCAGACUGUUUAUACACAACAACGUGGUGUAUCAUGAGCAGAACAUUCAGCGCUUCUGGGAGAAGCAUCGUGUUCUCUUCCCUGACGCCAGGCUGGUCGGACCGGAGGAGAACCUACAACAGGACCAGGCUAGAACCAUGGCUGUGGAGGCGUGUAAGAAGGACAGUCAGUGUGAUUACUACUUCAGUAUCGAUGCUGAUGUUGUCAUCGUCAACCCUGAUGUUCUCCGUAUCCUUAUAGAAGAGAACAAGUCAGUGAUAGCCCCCAUGUUGUCCAGACAUGGCAAACUGUGGUCUAAUUUCUGGGGAGCCCUGAGUCCUGAGGGGUUCUACUCUCGAUCUGAAGACUACAUCGAUAUUGUACAGGGCAAGAGGGUGGUCUGCUGGAACGUCCCCUAUAUAACUCAGGUCUACAUGAUAUAUGUAAUCUUAUAUAUGCUAUAUUAUGAUAUGGACCCGGAUAUGGUGUUCUGCUGGGCCGUACGAGACCAGGGAGUGUUUAUGUUUGUGUCUAAUCGUGAUGAGUUUGGUCGUCUGGUCUCCUCCUCCAACUACAACACCAGCAGACUUCAUCCGGACAUGUGGCAGAUCUUUGACAACCCUCUGGACUGGAAGGAGAAGUAUAUCCAUGAAAACUACUCUAAGAUCUUUGAAGACAACCAGACCAUCGUGGAGCAGCCAUGUCCUGAUGUGUACUGGUUCCCAUCCUUUACAGACAGGAUGUGUGAUGAUCUGGUGGAAACCAUGGAAGACUUUGGAGAAUGGAGUGGAGGAAGACAUACGGAUGAGCGUCUUGCAGGGGGCUAUGAGAACGUCCCUACAGUAGAUAUUCAUAUGAACCAGAUUGGCUUUGAGAAGGAGUGGCUCAAGUUCCUAAAAGAAUACAUCAGCCCUGUUACUGAGAAACUUUACCCAGGCUACUUCCCCAAGGCCCAGGCGGUGAUGAAUUUUGUAGUCCGGUAUCGUCCAGAUGAACAGCCGUCUCUCCGUCCGCAUCACGACUCCUCCACCUUCACCAUCAACGUAGCACUCAACAGCAAGGGAGUGGAUUACCAGGGUGGAGGGUGCCGGUUCCUUCGCUAUGACUGUAAUGUGGAAGCACCUCGUAAAGGAUGGUCUUUCAUGCACCCAGGCAGACUGACUCACUACCACGAGGGCCUGCCUACAACCAGCGGGACUAGAUACAUCAUGGUUUCCUUCGUUGACCCCUAAACCCUGACCUCUAACCCCUGAACACACCACCCAGGUGACUAGAUACAUUAUGGCAUCCUUCAUAGACCCAUAGACACUGGUGGCGCGUGUGUGUGCGUGUGUGUGUGUGUGUGUGUGUGUGUGUCAGUCAGUCAGUCAGUCACAUAGCAGAUGGGUCUUCUCGUUGCCGUAGUAACACAAACCACUGAGUUUCAUAGCAACCAGUUGAGCGACUUGAAUCAUGAUCAGAUCAGGCCAAUCAGCCGCAGAGAGGUCAGUCUGAUGAAACCUCACCAUGCUGCCUUUGAAAUGUACAUGUCAGUCAUUUAGUAGAUGUUCUUAUCCAGAGGGACUUACAGUCAGGACAUUCAUCUUCAGAUAGCUAGGUGGACCGGUCAUAGUCAGUACAUUCAUCUGCAGAUAGCUAGGUGGACCAGUCAUAGUCAGGACAUUCAUCUGCAGAUAGCUAGGUGGACCAGUCAUAGUCAGGACAUUCAUCUUCAGAUAGCUAGGUGGGACAACCACAUAUCACACUCGUAGUCAGUGUAGUUCUUUCUCAAUAUGCUUCCUCAUUUUUCUUCGACCCCUGACCUCUGUAGCUAGCUGUGUGUGUUUGGUGUGUGUGUGUGUUAAUUUAAGUGUUUGAUGUAACGGCAGGCUGAUGUGGGUGUCAUGUUACAGCGUUGCUAUAGUAACCAGCCUCUCCCUGUGAGUGGAGAAAAGAUGAUUGACACUCCUAAGAGAGAAAACUGAACUUUCUGAUAGAAAUACCAUGAAUAGAUCAUCUGAGCUGUUCUACAUGAUAGAAACUCUAAUCAAUAGAUCUGAAAAACACUCCACAAGACGUAGUUCUAUAAUAUCAUGAGUAGAUCGGAACUGUCUGUUCUACAUGAUCUGUUUCUAUGUGCUGUCUGUUCUACAUGAUCUGUGUCUAUGCGGUUGUUUUUGAAGGUAAUGUAUAGUUUUAUAUUUCAGAAACCAACACGACCUUGGUCUUCAGAGGUCUGUCAGAAACAUGUAUUUUAUCAUUGCGUUUUAAACUACUGCUUCAGACUGAGGCCCAAAUGUUGCAACUUAAAUCUGGUGUUUUUUAUUGGUAUAUUUUUGUGAUUGUUUUCUAGUGUUCUGGUCCCAUGUUGGCAAUCAAAGUGUGUCUGUCCAUCUGACAUGCUUCUAUCGAGCUUUGUACAAAAUGCCCUAAAUUAUUUGUUAUGAUUGAGAAAUAAAGUUUCACAUUUUAAUAAAUAAUUAGUUCUAUA